CAUCAUAAGAAGAACAAGAAGCUGCUGUGUUUAUAUCGUGGAGCCUCAUCUAUCUUUAAUAAUGCAGUCAGCAGCAGAAGAGGGACACGUCACCACCCCUGUGGAUCUACAACAUGAAUUCCAGAAGAAAAUAAUACGAAAGGAGGAGGAUGAAGAUGAUGAUGAUUUCUUCUGUGAAGUCACUUUAAUCCCUCCGGAACUUGUUGCUUCUGUGGAACUGCUCUUCUCAGAGGACCAACAGUGUGGAGGUUUCCAGAUGAAGCCUGUGAUGAAGGAAGAACCUGAAGAUACAGAUGAACUCAAGAUUUCAGGUGAAGGAUUUUUAAUCCCUGUGGAACACGUCACCUCUGAGGAAAACCUCGCCCCAGUGGACCAACAGUGUGGAGAUUUCCAGAUGAAGCCUGUGAAGCAGGAAGAACCUGAAGAUAAAGAUGAACUCAAACUGAACAAGGAUUUCUGCUGCUCCUCGUGUCCACAUUCCUCUACAACCCAAAAUCAGCUCCACAAUCACAUCAAGAGCUGCAACCAGGUUAAAUAUGAGACUCUGGUGAAGAUUAAGACUGAACAUGAGGAUCUGACGCCCACCAGAAGCUCCAGUAAUCAGCAAACGUCCUCUGGUACUGUCAGCAUUAACACCUCUCUCAGUCCCACACAGGAAGAAGGAAACGUCUGCUCACAGUGUGGGAAGAGCUUCAGGUACCAGAGUAAUCUCAAAAUACACCAGCGCAUUCACACUGGAGAGAAACCGUAUCAGUGCUCACAGUGUGGGAAGAGUUUUACUGUACAGAGUGCUUUGAAAAAACACCAGCGCAUUCACACUGGAGAGAAACCGUAUCAGUGCUCACAGUGUGGGAAGAGUUUUAAUCAACAGGGUCAUCUCAAAGUCCACCAGCGCAUUCACACUGGAGAGAAACCAUAUCAGUGCUCACAGUGUGAGAAGGGUUUUAAUACACAGAGUGCUCUCAAAGAACACCAGCGCAUUCACACUGGAGAGAAACCAUAUCAGUGCUCACAGUGUGAGAAGAGUUUUACUGGACAGAGUGCUCUGAAAAAACACCAGCGCAUUCACACUGCAGAGAAACCGUAUCAGUGCUCACAGUGUGGGAAGAGUUUUAAUAGACAGGGCCAUCUCAAAAUACACCAGCACAUUCACACUGGAGCAAAACCAUAUCAGUGCUCACUUUGUGGGAAGAGUUUUAAUAGACAGAGUGCUCUCAAAGAACACCAGUGCAUUCACACUGGAGAGAAACCGUAUCAGUGCUCACAGUGUGGGAAGAGUUUUAAUAGACAGGAUAAUCUCAAAAGUCACCAGCGCAUUCACACUGGAGAGAAACCUUAUCAGUGCUCACAGUGUGGGAAGAGUUUUAAUCAACAGGGUCAUCUCAAAAGUCACCAGCGCAUUCACACUGGAGAGAAACCUUAUCAGUGUUCACAGUGUGGGAAGAGUUUUAAUACACAGAGUGCUCUCAAGGAACACCAACGCAUUCACACUGGAGAGAAACCAUUUCAGUGCUCACAGUGUGGGAAGAGUUUUACUGGACAGAGUGAUCUGAAAAAACACCAGCGCAUUCACACUGGAGAGAAACCAUAUCAGUGCUCACAGUGUGGGAAGAGUUUUACUGGACAGGGUGAUCUGAAAAAACACCAGCGCAUUCACACUGGAGAGAAACCGUAUCAGUGCUCACAGUGUGGGAAGAGUUUUAAUAGACAGAGCCAUCUCAAAAUACACCAGCGCAUUCACACUGGAGAGAAACCAUAUCAGUGCUCACAGUGUGAGAAGGGUUUUACUGGACAGGGUGAUCUGAAAAGACACCACAAAAUUCACACUGGAGAGAAACCGUAUCAGUGCUCACAGUGUGGGAAGAGUUUUAAUACACAGGGUAAUCUCAAAACCCACCAGCGCAUUCACACUGGAGUGAAACUAUAUCAGUGCUCACAGUGUGGGAAGAGUUUUACUGGACAGGGUGAUCUGAAAAAACACCAGCGCAUUCACACUGGAAAGAAACCGUAUCAGUGCUCAGUGUGGGAAGAGUUUUAGUACACAGGGUAAUCUCAAAACCCACCAGCGCAUUCACACUGGAGUGACACCGUAUCAGUGCUCACAGUGAGGGAAGAGUUUUAAUCAACAGAGUCAUCUCAAAAUCCACCGGCACAUUCACACUGGAGAGAAACCGUAUCAGUGCUCACAGUGUGGGAAGAGUUUUAAUCAACAGAGUUUGUGUUGUAACAAUAUAAUACAUGUGUUAAAUGUUUACUGUUUAAGAGUCGUUUGUUAACCAAUGAUUAUUCAUAGUAGCGGUUUGUGAAGUGAAUCGAUUCGUGCACGAGAAUGUAGUGGAGCCUUGUGAAGUUCUGAUCUUAAUAUGAUAAUUUAAAUGUUACAUUUCAUGUCUUUGGAUGCAUUGUCAUAUUUUUAUUUGUUAAUAGAUGUUUUAUUUGAUGUUUAUUAAGGGUAUUAUUUGAUUUUGUAUUACAUGCAUUAGUGAUGGGAAUUUCGGCUCUUUUUAGAGAGCCGGUUCUUUUGGCUCGGCUCACUAAAAAGGACCGGUUCUUUCGGCUCCCAAGUGGCUCCUUAGAUUUUUUUUGUUCCUUAAAUUAAUUUAUUACCAAAUUACAUGUAAAAUGUAAUUGUAAUGUAAAAAACAUUGUAUCAAAUGUUGUAUUAUUUAAAUUGCUUUAUUUAUAUACUCAACAUGGAACAGAGUGCUACAACAAUAAAUUAUAAAAUACAAAAACAAAGACCCAUCUCAAUUAGACAAAAAGAUCUGAUUGUGUAUAUUAUUUGUACAUUUGCAUCUAGAGUGGGAUGGCAUGGUGGCUAAGUGGGUAGCACUGUCGCCUCACAGCAAGAAGGUCCUGGGUUCAAUCCCCUGGUGAAGACCCUGAGUUCUUUCUGUGUGGAGUUUGCAUGUCUUUCCCGUGUCCGCGUGGGUUUCCUCCGGAUGCUCCGGUUUCCUCCCACAGUCCAAAGACAUGCAAGUGAGGUGAACGUUCCUGUCAUGAAUGUAACCAAAGUGUAAAACGUGACGUUAAAAUCCUAAUAAACAUAACAAAAUAAACAAG